AUGACCCAACUCACGUUGCUUUCUAUUAGAGAUUUGGAAAUAAACGAAGACGAUGAGCACUAUGCCGACGGUGUGGCAUUGGUCCGAACCUAUUGGGCGUUUUCACUCGAGAUGACCCAGAGAGACCGCGAGACGUUGCGCAGCAUUGCUACUCUGGGCGACUACGAGCACACCGCUUCUUCUAGAAGAAUUCCGUCGAACCAUCGCCUCUACAAAAACAAGCUCGGCGCUUCGGUGGCAGGAUGGAUGACGAUGCGAACGCUAUACAAAACGUUGCCAGAUAAAUACAUCCAAAGGAUGACGGCAAAAGGAAUAGUUCUUCCAACAAGAGAUCGCACGGAACGAUACUUCGAAUUGGUAGGAGAUGCGAAUAUGCCGAAGCUGUUUAACAUGGAUACGCAGGAGGCACGCCAGUACAAAGCAGAUUAUCCGAAUUUGAGACAGACACCAACCACUUUCCGGAGACCUGGUGCGAUAAUCGGAAACGCGACGGUGGCGAUGCUGAAGGAACUGAACGCCGAAAUAUUAGAGAGGGGAGCCUGGGCUGCAGCCCGAAUUGAAGCCCAGGCGGCGGCGACGACGGCCCAGCAGGGCAGCCAAGGCAGAAGGAGUGCACCGAACAGACGUCGUGACAGGCAGAGAGUGGCACCUCAACCUGCUCCCCAGACGGUGGCCGCUGCUCGUAGGGAGGGGCGGGCAGAGGGGCGAGCAGAGACAAUCCAAAGGUUGGUCUCAUUUGUGAAUGCGGCGUCCACAUCAAUAAAUGCGGCGACAGCAUCGGUUGGUGCGGCGACAACAUCGAUUGGUGAGGCGACAACAUCGAUUGGUGAGGCAACAGCAUCAAUCAAUGAGCUGUGGGCGGAGUUGUUGCGACAAUCUCAGUAA